AUGCAGCGCAAUGGCGUUCUGCCUGCAAUCAAUGCAGGUACGCCGUCAGUCGCUCAUCGUGGCGUGAGCCCCAAUGUGGCCAAGCGCGCAGCCUGGUUCACCCCACGAGAUGGACUAGGGACACCGGAUAGGAGGACGGAGCAGCAGAGUCUUGCAUCCGUAGCUGUGCCAGCAGAUGGCGCUUUCCAGCCAAGACACGAGCAAUCCCCGACCAUCACACAGCCAACUUCAACAUCUCUAGAGGACGCACUUGAGGUGCUGCACGAGGUGCUGAUAGAGACCGAUAAUCAGAGCGAUAGUGCACAGAGGCGAGACGCUGCAUUGGAGGAGACUACGCGUCUUCACGCUACUGAAGGGCAAGAGCUCGAGCGAGCGCGAUUUGCUGCUGACGAGCAGAUGCAGACGACACUGGAGCUGCUGCAGGCUGAACUUGCUCGAGAGAGACGCGCUCAAAGCACAAGGGAAGGCUCCAGACCUGUCAUAGUGCCUUCAACGGAGAAGAAAAGCCACAGCAAACGACAAGCCGCAAGACUGGCACCUCGACUUCGGAACUCACCGUUUAAACCUCGCUCGAAGGAAUUUCUUUCAAUAAAGCUACACGAACUCUGGGAGGAACGAGCUUAUAGUCAACAGGACUACGAGACCAUGCGAGAGCAAGUAAUUGAAGAGAAAAUACGGCAAGUGACAUUGUUCCAGCGACUGGAAACGGCGCGAUGUUCGCAUACGCGUCAGCUCAACGACGCAGAAGCCGCUCUCCGGGCCUCACAGGCAGAUGGGGAGCGUCUUCAGGCUCGACUAGCACAAGCUCGAGUCAGUGCUGCUCACGAAGCGCGACGGACGGCUGCACUUGCCCAGAGCUCAAAGGCUGAACGCCAGCGACUUGUCUGCGCAUUAGCUGAGACCCGACACAAAUUUCGCGAAUGGAAAGAAGGCGAGGCUGCAACACUGCGAGCUACGCGUGAGCAGGCUGUGCAUGCACUGCGCACGGAGUAUGAGCUCAAACUAGCUCGUCAUCAGGAAGAGAAGCAGAAAUUGAGGGACAAAGUCAAGGAUCUUGAAGUCUCGCUGCGUUUGCUGCAGCGAGAUCGUCAGCUCUCACCUGAUCAACUAAGUGAGCGAAAGGGAACUUUAUUACAGUUUACCCCUGGUGGGGUCGGCUUUGGUGAUGUUGGAGCGGCUGAUUUCAUCGAGGCUCAAGGACGCAUUCAAGAGCUAGAAGGGCUACUGCAGCUUAGUAAAGAGCGCCAAGAACGACAAGAUGAACUUCUGCGUGUCUCUGAGACUGCCCUGACAAGGCUCAACCAGGAGCGCGAGUUGGACGCUCUUGAGAAUCUCUCGUUGCCGUCACCUGCUGUAGCUUUGGCUUUGACGAAUUUGACAGGCGUAACGCCGGUAGAAGAGACUGACAAGCCCAGUGGAAGGCGACAAAGCUCGACUGGUGGAACAGAUAUCGAGAAGGAGGUCUUACGUCGCAAUAGCAUUGUUCUGAGUGCAGAGGUCAACCGAUAUCAGAAGAUUGUCGUGCAGUCCAUGGAAGAAGUUCGUGCAUUGAAAGAGUUCAGACGUCAAACUCGUAGUGGCAGUGCAGAUAACUCCGCCAUUGUGUUGACCGCUCGAGAAGCGUACUUGCUGGAGGAACUUGCAGCGUCACAGCGUGAGAUUGACACAAUGAAAGCAAAACUGAGGAAGAUGCGCAAGAAACGGAAGUCAAAGGCUAAAAGCAACGAAAAAGAACUGCUCGAGACGGACGCCGCCGUCAUGAUGAUCCAAAGCUUCUCUAAGGGAUUUCUGGCGCGGCGGCAGUUCAUUCGAAAGAAGCUUGCCAUAGGGAAGAUCAAGGCUCGAUAUCGUGGUUACCUUGUACGUAAGAAUUACGAAGCUCUCGGAAGCAGUAUGAUCACCACGGAUCGUCAACUCCUCCCGUCGGGACUAACGCCAGAGGCUGCACACGAUUACUUGCUGGUGACGGAGGCUAUGCAGUACAAGAUGCAGAUUGUAGAGCCGCACCAUGAAGAGCCCUACAUCUGUGAGGGCGGUGGUCAGAGUACUAGCGAUAUGGUGGACGUUGUGCUACGUGUGUCGAAGGAUCCGCCUAUUCUGCAGCUUCAGACGACACCCAGUACUCCGUCAAACCAAGAGACUGCUGUGGCUCGAGUUGCCUACUUUCACUUGUUCGAGACUAUUGCACUACUCCCGUAUGAAGACGAAGAGGUCGUCCUGGAGACCUCAAGCGAGAAAGAAAUCGCCCGUAUUUUCGCUGCACGGUUGGUUGUGCAGUGCAAAGGCUCAGACAACCGCGACUACCAUUUCUUCAUUACGCGUACAAGCAAAAAGGAGCAAGAGAGUGCUGCAAAUGGUAAAGAAGAUUUAGUACUUGGCCGGAGACCUCGCACGCUUCUCACGGAGCUUCCGGUUCAGCCGAUGGAAACAAGAGCUACCUCAGCAUCAAGUGACACCUUUGAACCUCCUUUGGAUGGAGCAGAGUCAGUAUUCGUUCAUGAGGUUGACUUGGACUUGCUGAUUCGAGAAGCACGAACAGAUCCGCUGAAAGAAGAUAGUGCAAGCACAAGGUGCGUGACUGGAGAGGACGAGGUAUCAGAGCACGGUACUGCUAGAGUUUAA